AUGCUGGAAAUCACUGGAUUUUUGUGGCUCUUCUUCUUGAUCUCCGCGACUUUGGCUAACUCGAAUUCAACUUCAACUUCUCGAAAAAUCGAAGAGUACUACAAAGAUGCCGCGAUUUUUCUGGGAUCCCAAAAAAGUUCGCCCAACUUCGACGAAUACUACGAACUAGCUGAUGAGUAUUUGAGUUCGCUGAAGUCUCCGGAAUUCCAGAAUCUCACAAUUCAAGUCAAAUUUCAAAAAACGGCUGAAAAUUCCAGAAUUUUUUGAGCUCGAAUUCGAAGAAAAUCUUCAUAUGAAUCUUGUGAUCUACGAAAAAAACCGGCAAAAAUUCCGAAAUUUGUGCCGCGCGGAAAAUAAGAAGCGGAAAAAUGUUGAGCUCAAAAUUGAUUGUUCAGGCCAAUUUCGCAAAGCCGAAAAUUGGAUCCAGCGCAUUUUUCUGGUGACUUGGUUGCUCAGGUUAGAGAUGAGAUUGUCACCUACAGUACCCUACAGUAAUCUUUACAGUAUCAUUGCGUAUUUUGGUUGGUUGAUGCGGAAAGAGAUGCGGAACGCGGAAGCGGAAUAAUUUUUUUGCUUUUUUUUGGAUAA